AUGGUCCGCAAAAUGCACAGGCGCCUCGGCCAUCAGGGCUGUAUCAUCAACUCAAAAGGCGGUCUCAUUGAAGGAGGCCCAGUUCCAAUGCUCUGUGAUGUUGCUAGGACCAUUUUUCAAUACCUUCACCCCGCUGAGGCCACCAUGACCGACAGUGAUGUAGAUAAAGCAAUUCCAGUCCUUUGGUACGGCCAAAUAGGACACCUAAAAUUACAAAUGGUCAAUCUAUUGGCUCAUUUGCAAUUCAAGAAGUUAUCACAAUGGGCCCUGACUGACAACAAGAUCAAUGAAGUCAAGGCUUGUGGGAUAGACUAUUGGGCUGCGUUUGGCAAAGCAGUCCUUGCCAAGGAUGAGGCCCUUUUUGGGCAAGGCAAAACUUUUGUAAAAAUCCUUGAGGAUGAUGAGGAGAACAUUGCAAUGCCAAAUGAAGAUGAAAUUCAAGUGCAAUUCAACAUUCUUAUCCGCAACCGCAUGGCAAGCUCUACUGGCAACACUUGA